CGACGCACACCUGAUAUCUAUGGUCGGCCUGCGAAUUUUGGGCUACCGAUAUCCACGCUGAAAAUUCCAUACUUGCACUGAGAAUACGGUGUGGAAUCAAGCUGUAAUCAAAACAUUAACAUUAAAAACAUUAAAAACUUGAAAGCAAUGAAAGUUUGUCUUGCUUUAAUAUCCUCACCAGUUCUGUCUGUCUACAGUUGAAACGAUGCUUUCCAAGUAGGUAGGUAGGUAGGUAGGUAGGUAGGUAGGUAGAGGAGGUUGUUUCUUUCAGGCUCCUCCAAUUUAUGCUGAUUGUUGUUUGUUGUUGUUGUUGCUGUUGGCUAGGAAUCUUUGUCACCUCUGUUUCAUCUAUGUUCACCUGAAGUCCUAUCUUCUCUGGGUGUUUCUUCUGCCAACUUGUUGCUCUUCACUUGCAUAUCUUCCAAUUUGUGGGAAAUCAGACAUAUAUCAUCAUCGGCAAAGUCCAGAUCCUCAAAGUUUUUUGUGUGAGUCCAUUUUAUGCCUGUUUCCUCAUUGGCCGUUGUCUGUCGCAUUAUCCAGUCUGCUGCAGUCAAGAAGAUCAUUGGCGAUAGUAGACAGUCUUGCCUCACUCCCGUCCUCACAUCGAAGGAUUCCGUGAGUUUCCCGUUGUGGAUUACUUGGCAUGCAGCAUUGUCGUAUAAUUGUUGGAUGAGAAAUGACUAUCAUUGAGUUAAUACAAUCCUUAUUCGUAAAAUUUCCUGUGGGCCCUCACACACACAUACACACUGCUUUUAUGACAAUCCCUUUUUAAGCUUGUGGAUGUAUUCAUAUGCGACUUGUCGAAUUUGCUGUAAUACUGCAGAAUUAGUCUAUACUGCCUUUUAAGAUGGAACGUGCUGAGGGCAGAUUUUUUUCCACCUAACUUUCUUAGAGAUUCUCGCAGACUAAAAGAAUUGGUAUUAUAAAAUAUUAUAAAGUUUGUCUGGAAUCUGUUAACUUCCUAUUCGUGAUAUCUUUAAGAUAUCUGAUUGCCUAAGAGCAUACGUAAUGUGUAAUCUGGUCAUAGUUUUUUAUUUUUUUAUUUUUAUGGAUCAAACGUCUUUAUAAAAGCAUUAAUCUCUGCUUGCUAACUUUUAUAUCUUCUGUUACUUAACUAGUAUUUUUCUCGUUUUCUUACACCAUUUUAGAUCUUGGAAUUUCAGGUAGUGUUGUCAGUUAGUGUUUCCGCUCUCCAUGAUUGAUAGUCUUUCACAUAUUGGUGAUACAUUCGCCCGGUUGCCGUUCUUGUUUUUUAUUGAAUUAGUUACAACAAAACGUGUUUCUUUCAUUUAUGAUUAUUGGAAGUUUUAUUCCAGUGAGUUAGUAUCAGUCUGUCCAUCAUUGUUUUGUCCAGAUGGAUCGUUUGUCAGCUUCAGUAUUGCAAUUGCUUUCGUCCUGUGUAUAUUCGCAUCAGUCAUCUAUGUGAAAGGCAUAUUAACUGUUGGAUUUGUGUUAACACAACUCUUACUUCUAUUUACUAUGUUUUCCAAUUACAUGCUCUUGUUGAACAGCAUUCUCUCGCCGACAUUAUCGUCUUCGUUGUCAUUCAGUCUAGCCUCCCUAAUGCAACGGCAUUAUAUAUUGGGUUGUCUACUAGUUAUGAGUUCAGUUUUGUUUAUAUCAAUAUGUUCAAUGUUCAAACGUAUACCAGUGCAUAAAUUCAGUGCAGUUAUUAUCCUGUACCUAUUUGUUCUAUGCAUUUUCUCUAUUCCUAUUCUUAUCAACCCACUGUCGUCAACAAUUCAUCAGAAUAAUGAAAACUGUCUAUUGUCGGCAACAAGCUCAUUUAAAUCACUUACUAUACAUACUCCGAACAGUGCUAAAAUAUCUCCAGCAUGGUUAUAUUAUGUGUAUAGUAUGCUCAAAUCAAAUUGUUGUGCAAAAUCAGUAUAUUCUUCUAGCAUAGAUUGUAAUUCACGUUCUAUUUGUCUCCGACAAUCAAGUGUCUAUCCUUUGUCAUCGACAUCAUCAUCGUUAUUAUCGUCGUCGUCGUUAACAGACAGGGAUACUGUUCAUCAAUUGUUCACUAUCGUUUCAGAGUAUACAUGUCAACAUAAAACAUUAUUGAUAGUUUAUUCUUUCAUAUUAUUAUGCAUAUAUAUCAUUCUAUUAGUCUACUGUUUAUAUAUUACAGAAGUUUACAAAUCGUUGAAAACAUCAAUUAGUCAAGAGAUAGAAUUGUGUAGACUUGGCGUUGUAGACUAUCUAGCAUUUCAUUGGGGUCGUUUAAAUAUUGCCCAGAUUCUAAUCUAUUUUUGGUCAUUUAAAAUAAUGUCUGUAGUUAUUUUAGGCCCACUUUACUGGGCUGUUAUACCAGCAGUUAGUUAUAGUGGUAAUUUUGUUAAUUUUUCAGCUAGACCAAUUAACUCUUCCACUCUGAUGGAUUAUUCUAAUCCAGAUACUGGUGAUUAUUCAACAUUUUCUGUCCUAAUUACACGAUUGUAUGUUGGUGUUUUUGUGCAUGGUUCAGAGACAUGGUUAUCUGUAUUCGGUGCAGCUGCAUUUUUCAGUGCCCUGGGAACUAUUUUUGUUUCAUUGUUAGUCUUCUUACUAGAUCCAUCAGGUGAUCGUACGGCACAGUUGGCAGUAGCAGCUGCAGAUGCUCCAGCAGAUCCAAACGGUUGGAAUGUGAUUGAAGAUCCCGCGUUGGCUUUAGAUCAAAAUGAUGUGAUUGCGUUUGAUUUGUUAGCUAGCAAUGGAUGGCAUUGUGCUGCUGUAUUCUUGUUUUUCGCCUUUCAAUCAGAUAUGCCCAAUCUUCAGCCAGUUCAUCGAGCAUCGUGUUGUAUGUACGGCAUUGUAGUGAUCUUGAUCACUUGUAUUCAUCCUGUUCAAGCAUUGGUUAAAUCAUUUCUACUACGUCUUGGUAUACCAGGACAACAGACAAAUUGGUCAGAGCAUAUACGACCAUUGUGUUUUUGGAUUGUUCUGAUAUUUGCUGCUAUCAAUAUUUUCACGAAUUUACCUAAAAUACUGGUAUAUGAAAGGAUUGAGUUUAACAACAGUAUAAAUAAUAAUAAUAGUAAUGUCAAUACACCCUUGAUAACUAUUUCAUCACGUCUUGGUUCAUCAGAGGAAGCAAUCCGUGCCCGACAAUUGCGGAUAUACUUGAUUGGUUGUCAAUUAUUGCUUAGUUUAACAGUUACCUUGAUUGAAUAUUCCGUUUAUCAAUAUUAUCGUCGAUGUCCUGAUUGGCGAGGUUUUCGACCAAUGUUAUUCUGGACAAAAUUGAUCAGUUCUGUAUUAGACUACCUAUUCUCUUUACUCUCCUUCUUAUCGAUAUGUUGGUUAUUGUUCUACGAUUCCAUCGGGAUAUGUCGUCUAUUCAUUAUCUGUUGUUAUCUUUUCUUUGUGCUUUAUCCAUCAGCGCAUAAAGCUUAUUCAUGGAUACGUUGGAAAUUAUUAUUUAAAAAUAAUUUAAAUAAUUUAAGUCAUCCAACUAGUGAAGAUCUUCAAACAUUCGGGGAUAUCUGUCCAAUAUGUUAUACUGAAAUGACAGUGACAACAGCUAAGAUUACGCGUUGUGGCCAUCUGUAUCAUAUAAAUUGUCUUAUUGAAUGGAUGAAACGUCAAUUUUUCUGUCCAAUGUGUCAUGCAGAUUUAUUAUCGAGUAAAGUGACAGACAGACGUAAUUUCAGCGAUCGUCGAAAUGAGGAAUAAGGACAACAGGAUCAAAAAUUGCAUAUAUAUAUAUAUAUAUAUAUGUAUGUAUUGUAGCAUUAUCAUUGAUAAAUAUCAUUACUAACAACACUAAUACCAUUAUCAUUAUAUCAUUGCCACUAUUCCACUAAAAUGUGUAUACAUUUCAGAUAUCACGAAGAUCAUUGCCUUUCAAUAUUUAUUGUAAAUGAUGACACUAUUGUUCUUCUCAAAUGUCUCCUUUCUCAUCAUUCUCUAUCUGUAUAAAAGUGUUAGUGAUUGAGUGAGUAUGUCACUUCCAAGUCCCGUUUUUCUGUACUACUUACACACACACACACACGCAGAGAUGUGAAAUCAUGUUAUCUCUUUAGAUUUUAUUUUCAGUUCUGCUAUUGUUUUUGUUGUUGUUGCUGCAUAUUUUUGUUCUAGUGUAUAAGACUGAGAAAAAAAAGAAAAGCGGACUUGAGAUAUGACUACUAUCCUGUUUCUUGUUACUCCGUUUAUUUCCCGUUCUAGAUUCAUGUAAUUAUUAUUAUUAUUAUUGCUAAAAGAUGAUGUAUCAGUGUUGUUUGAGUUACUUUGGUUAUUAAAUGAAUUUAUUAUUAUUA